AACUCCUGACCUUGUGAUCUGCCCACUCAGCUUCCCAAAGUGCUGGGAUUACAGGCGUGAGCCACCACGCCCGGCCGUGAGUUGUUGGAUUUUUAUAACAAUGACAUUUAUAUGCUUUUUGACUCAAUUCUGGUGAUGGCGGGUCCCACCAUGGCCAUACUGUCCACUUUUGUCCUCAUCUGGGAUGUUGAAUCCUCCUCCGCGUCAGGAAGAGCCUGCAGACCAAGGCAGAAUCUGGGACUGUGCCAUGCUCUUCCUCAUUAUCUCCAGGGGACUUUUACCAUGGGGUAGCUUCCCCACCCCAAUUCUGAUUCCCCAAUUGAAGAGAGAGCCUUGCCGGUGGAAAAGACAUCAGCUGAAACAUCAGGAAAGCUGCAUCUUCAUUCUACUACCAACAAUGACACACAUCAAUAAAAUGCUGGCCAGUCCUUACUAGCUUGGUUCUAAGAAUCGAAUAGGACUGUGGAUAUGAAAGUCGUUUGUAAAGCCAUGAGCUCUAUACUAACGUCAGGAUUUACUGAUCUAAUGAAGAGCUCCCGAGGGAAUCUCUAGGGAACACUUUUACUCUCUACCCCUGACUCCCAGGGAAGUUUUGAGGAAUGACUGUGGCUUUGCAGAUAUACUUUUUUAAGAGGCCACUCAGCUCUAAGAAGCCUCCCGAGGCUUUGAAAAAGAAAAAAGACUUCUCUCUUCCUUUCUCUUCCUUUCUCUGCCAUUGUGGUGUGUGCUUUACUUCACUUCGGCCAUGUCUUCUCACAAGACUUUCAGAACUAAGCGAUUCCUGGCCAAGAAACAAAAGCAAAAUCGUCCCAUUCCCCAGUGGAUUCUGAUGAAAACUGGUGAUAAAAUCAGGUACAACUCCAGAAGGAGACAUUGGAGAAGAACCAAGCUGGGUCUAUAAGGAAUUACACAUGAGAUGACACACAUAUUUAUGCUGUCUGAAGGUCACAAUCGUGUUACCAAAUCAAGCUGAAGAUGUCACUGCUAUCUGGAGAAUUUUGAGCAGAAUUUCCUCUCUGAAUCUGUUAUGAACGCAUUGGUUGGCUGGAUUCAGUAAUAAAUAUGUGACACCUUUCAAAAAA